AUACAUUUUCUCUGCUAUUUUAAACCAAAAAUAUCCUUUUAGAGUCUCUAUGCUUUUCUCUUGGCCAUGGUUGCUUGUUGAAGCUUGGAACUCAACAGAGCUUUCUAAGAAAUGCUGCUUCGUCCACACCGCUCUCUUCACAAACUCCUCUACUUCAACAUACUCAUGGGCUCCAAGCACCUACUCAAAUGCACACCUUGUGCGAUACCCAUAUUGUCUUCGUCACCCUCUCACCAUUUCCACUCAUGUCGACUUCUCUUCACUCAUUGCCCACCGAAACCCAUCUCUAUCUCUCCCCAUUUUCUUAUGAAAAAUUCUAGGUUUUGCAAUAUACCUCACUCCAGGGUCCCUAGACCAGUUGAAGAUGUGGGGCGUGUAGAAGAAGAGACAGUUGAUUCAGUUCAGAUGAAGCUCUUGAAGGAGAAAUUGAAAAAGGAAGGAAUUGACUGCGAUGAUUUUAUUCCCGGGAAAUAUAAUCACCUGCUAUGUCCAGAGUGCAAAGGUGGGCAAUCAAUGGAGAAGAGCUUAUCAAUUUUCAUCAGUGCAGAUGGGGGUCUUGCAUCGUGGACGUGUUUUAGAGGCAAAUGUGGGUGGAGCGGUAAAUUGCAGGCAUUUUCAAAGGGCAAGACCUAUGCUGGAGUCGAUUCCAUCCCGAAAUUCACGCCCAAACGAUUAAUCACGGAGGAGAGCCUUGGGUUGGUGCCUUUGGGUAAAGAGCAAUUGGCAUACUUAUCUGUACGGAAGAUAUCAGGGGAAACUCUGCGGAGAAAUGCUGUUAUGCAAAAAUCUGGUCCCGAGCUUGCUAUUGCGUUUACUUAUAGACGAAAUGGAAAGCUUGUCAAUUGCAAGUAUCGGGGCAUCGAUAAACGCUUUUGGCAGGAAAGGGAAUCGGAAAAGAUAUUGUAUGGACUGGAUGAUAUAAAGGAAGCAAGUGAGAUUAUCAUUGUUGAGGGUGAAAUUGAUAAGCUUUCAAUGGAAGAAGCUGGCUUUCGUAAUUGUGUCAGUGUUCCUGAUGGGGCACCUUCGAAAGUUUCAAAUAAAGAACUGCCAUCUAUAGAGAAGGAUACAAAGUUUCAGUAUUUGUGGAACUGCAAAGAGUACUUGGACAAGGCAUCUCGCAUAAUUCUCGCUACUGACGCUGAUCCACCUGGCCAAGCUUUGGCAGAAGAGCUUGCACGGCGCCUUGGAAGAGAAAGGUGCUGGCGAGUCAGGUGGCCAAAGAAAGAUGAAUCUGAUGUUUGUAAAGACGCAAAUGAGGUGCUCAUGUAUUAUGGGCCAGCCGAAUUAAAGGCAGUGAUUGAUAAUGCGGAGUUAUAUCCAAUACGUGGUUUAUUCAGCUUCGGGGAUUACUUUGAUGAGAUUGAUUGCUAUUAUCAUUGCAGUAGAGGAUAUGAGCUUGGUGUCUCGACUGGAUGGAAGAGUCUGGACCAAUUUUACAAUAUUAUGCCGGGAGAGCUGACUAUAGUGACUGGGGUUCCCAAUUCAGGCAAGAGUGAGUGGAUAGAUGCCAUCUUGUGUAAUCUUAAUGAAAAUGAAGGCUGGAGAUUUGCACUUUGCUCCAUGGAGAACAAUGUUCGGGAGCAUGCAAGAAAGCUUUUGGAGAAACACAUAAAAAAACCUUUCUUCAAUUCUAGGUAUGGAGGAUCGGUUGAACGGAUGACUAUUGAAGAUUUGGAACAAGGAAAGGAAUGGUUAAAUGAUACUUUCCAUCUGAUAAGAUGUGAGGAUGACUGUCUUCCAUCCAUUAAAUGGGUUCUUGCGCUUGCCAAAGCAGCUGUUUUAAGGCAUGGGGUGCGUGGGCUUGUGAUUGAUCCAUACAAUGAACUUGAUCAUCAGCGUCCUCCAAACCAGACAGAGACAGAGUAUGUGAGUCAGAUGCUUACAAAGAUUAAACGUUUUGCUCAACAUCACUCAUGUCAUGUUUGGUUUGUAGCACAUCCUAGACAGUUACACCAAUGGGUUGGAAGUCCUCCAAAUCUGUAUGAUAUCAGUGGAAGUGCACACUUUAUUAACAAGUGUGACAAUGGGAUUGUUGUUCAUCGAAAUCGAGAUCCACAGGCUGGUCCUAUUGAUCAAGUGCAAAUUUGUGUGCGGAAGGUGCGGAAUAAGGUCAUAGGGAGCAUAGGUGAUGCCUUCUUGUCAUAUAAUAGGAUUACGGGUGAAUUCAGAGACAUUGAUAAGCCAUCCCAAAAGUGAGCACAUCAACAGGAGCUUGAAUUGUAUUGGGUUAAAGAGAUAGCCAGCAUGAUGUGAUGUUCAAGAACCUGUGUCGAGAGG